UUUUCACCUCCGGGUUAGCGUGACGUGACGUCUGAAGUGUGCAUGUGCUUAACGAGGUUUCGGGAAACGUCGAGAACUUGAAGCUGGUUUUCGAGGGUGUGCUUUGAAAGUUUGUGCUAUCUGAUUUAAAAAAUGUCAGUUAUCGGCGAAGAGGAGGUUCGAGGCUGCAAAGCGGUUUUUAAAACCAUUAGUGCGGAUGACCAGGACCAACAGCCAACGGAGAUUGAAAGCCUGUGUAUGAACUGUUACCAGAACGGUACUACAAGGCUGUUGUUAACAAAGAUACCAUUCUUCAAAGAAAUCAUAAUUAGCUCAUUUACCUGUGAUCAGUGUGGAUGGACCAACAGUGAGAUUCAGUCAGCUGGGAAGAUUCAGGACCAAGGUGUUUUAUAUUGCCUUCAUGUUCAGUCAAGAAAGGACUUGAAUAGAGAAGUUGUAAAGGCUGACAGUGCUACAACCAAAAUCCCAGAACUUGACUUUGAAAUACCAGCCUUUUCCCAAAAGGGAGCUCUUUCAACUGUUGAGGGGCUGAUUGACAGAGCAGUAGCAGGACUAGAGCAGGACCAGCCACUACGAAAGGAGAGUGAUCCUGAGGUAGCUUUGAAGAUUGAGGAGUUUAUUGACAAACUAAAACAACUGAAAGAUGUGGAGAAGCCAUUUACACUAAUCAUUGAUGACCCAUCUGGUAACAGCUUUGUGGAGAAUCCAUUUGCUCCACAUGCAGAUGAAGCCCUUAGUGUGACACACUAUGAGCGAAAUGCACAGCAAAACCUACAGUUGGGGAUUAAGACAUCUGAGGAAGUUGAACAAGAGCAAUUGGGGAAUAAAAUUGAAGAUAUGAGAAAUGAAGUCCUGCAGUUCAAUACCAAUUGCCCAGAAUGCAAUGCACCAGCCAGUACUAACAUGAAAUUAGUACAAAUACCACAUUUCAAAGAGGUUAUCAUUAUGGCAACCACAUGUGAUGUCUGUGGCCAUCGAACCAAUGAGGUCAAAUCCGGUGGGGCCACAGAAAAACAUGGGACAAGGAUAACUUUGCAUGUUACUGAUGUGACUGAUAUGAGUAGAGAUCUUCUAAAGUCAGAAACCUGUAGAGUUCUCAUCCCGGAGCUAGACUUUGAGUUGGGAAUGGCUGCUUUGGGAGGCAAAUUUACCACACUGGAGGGACUACUUAAAGACAUUAAAGAUUUGAUUGUAGAGAAAAAUCCUUUCACUGCAGGGGACAGUUGUACAAAAGAACAAGUAGAGAAACUCCAGGCCUUUGGUAAAAAUAUUGAUAAGAUUCUUAAUGGCCAGAUGGAUGUGCACAUCAUAUUGGAUGAUUCUGCAGGCAACAGUUAUCUUCAGAAUCUGUAUGCUCCUGAUGAUGACCCGGAGAUGAAGACUGAGAAGUAUGAGCGCACAUAUGAACAAAAUGAAGAAUUGGGGUUAAAUGAUAUGAAAACAGAAGGAUAUCAGGAAGAAAACAAUGUUGAUUAACUGAAAAUCUACAUUAUAUAAAUAGUAUUACCUUUACUUACAAGUUCAUGCAGUCUAUUUUGCAGCUCUGUUCCAUUCAAUAGUAAUUUGUAGCUUCAACAAGUAAAUUAUUCAUGUCACUACUGUAAACUGCACCUGUUUCACGACAAAAGAAAAGCCCAAAAUAGAUAGCUCCCAAAGAUUAGUUGGGUUGAUGAAGUUAGACCUGAAAAAGGACUCUUAAUUCACACAUUACAAUGCAUUCAUGGCAGUUUUCAAAUUCCUUAUGUUAAGGGGUACCUGUAAAAUAUAUAUAUUUGUUAAAAUGACAUGUGAGGGCUGUUUUAUUACUUUUUUAAUAUAUAAGUUAACAAUGAAGUCCUAAUGUAAUUGUUAACAAGAGGAUUUUUUUUUUUUUUUGGAAGAAUGCUCUAAAUUAUUAAAAUGUACAAAUUGUAUGUUUCGUUAAUCAUUAAAUAUUUUGGGAAGUCAAGCUUCCUCUAGUACAGUAAUUGAUUUAAAUCUGUGAGAGUAAAGAUACAAAUGGGAUCCUCUUGUCCAGUGUUACUUCUGUUGGCGACAAUGGGGGGUAAAAAAAAAAAAAAAACUAUGGCCAAGUAUAAUUGAAAGUGGACAUUAAUAUUCACAUUUGACAAUAAAGAUAAAA